AUGUCCGCUUUCUCCAAGCCUAUUGGCCAGCAAAGGAACACCUCGCCUGUGAUUGGACAAAGACAACCCGACACAGGCUCCCAUUUCUCUCGUACAGACAGCUUGGGCCAUCUUCCUUCAGUUGUGCAAAUCGAAGCCAUGUCUAACGUUCCGCCUCCCAGUGGUCUUAGCUAUCAAGUUAAAAAGAAGCUCGAGGGCAAGCGUGAUAAGGAUCAAGAAAAUGAGGCUCUUGACUGGAUUGAAGCCCUUACUGGACUCAAGAUGGACCGCUCCAAGCUCUACGAAGACAUACUGAAGGAUGGCACCGUGUUGUGCAAACUCAUGAAUGCCAUCAAUCCGGGCUGCAUUAAGAAGAUCAAUGAGAACGCCACAAUGCCCUUUAAGAUUAUGGAAAACAUAAGCGCCUUUCUGGAGGCAAUAAAGAGCUAUGGUGUCCCAGUGGGUGACCUCUUCCAGACUGUUGACCUCUUCGAGAAGAAGGACAUUGCGCAAGUCACUCGAACUCUCUUCGCUCUUGGGCGUACGGUAAGUUGCACCGCGACUCUCCUUCCAUCCCUUCUUCCUGAUAAUGCUAAAUGA